UCAGUAUUCUAUCUAUUCGCCAGCGAAGCAACGUCUCUUUUAACCAAUGACGUCGUUAUCUCUGCAAAACAUUCAAUCUCUGCUUCAGUCAACACUGGGAGAUAAAUUGACUGUUGAAAGUUAUGUAACAGAAGAUUUACUUCCACCUGGCGAAAAUUAUGGCAGCAUUAUGUCAAGUGUUCACGUUAUAAUUAACAAUCAUGAAGAAGGAAAAAUUGAGGAGUUGCACCUAGUGGCGAAAUCACCUCCCCCGAUUGAAAUGCAACGAGAAAUUAUUGACAGUUCAGUGAUAUUUCGAAAAGAAAUUUUCAUGUAUUCAAAACUAAUACCAUUCUAUCGAAGGUUGGAGACUGCCAGUGGUGUGAGGCAGGAGGAUGUGCUGGAAGUCAGCCCAAUGUACUAUGGAUCAAAAUUAUUACACCAUCCUGAACGUCCAGGUGAAUAUGAUGCUGUCAUUUUGCUUGAAAAUUUGAAGCCAAAGGGGUACUAUUGCGUGGACAGACGAUUCGGAUGUAAUCUGCCUCAUGCUAAGUUGGCUGUCAAAACUAUGGCACAAUUCCAUGCUCUUGGGAUGGCAGUCAAGGAGAAAGAUCCUGAUUUUUUUUCAGUUAUGAAGGUCGAAGCUAAGAUGAUCGAUAUAGCCAAUCCCGAGAUGUGGGAGACACUAUUUCAACAGAGAAUUAAAGAUAUCACUGAUGAUCCUGAGUUGAAGGAGUAUCACGAGGCCUGUCGUCAAGCUCUGAACCAGAGUAUGUUCGAUAGCUGGAAAAUAGUCCCUUCUGAACCAUGGUCGACCAUAAUUCACGCCGACUUUUGGACGAAUAAUAUGAUGUUUCGAAAUAAUUCCGAGGGAAAACCAGUGGACAUGAAACUAGUAGACUUUCAAACUUAUCUCUUCAGCAGUCCCACGAGGGAACUAACAUUCUUCGUCACUGGUGGAUUGGAUCUAGAAGCUAUCGAUCAUGUUGAUGAACUCAUUGAUUUGUACUACAAUACUCUGAUCGGUCAAUUGAGACUGCUGAACUGUAAUGUCGAACCCUACAGCCGGAGGUCUUUUGAGGAGAGAGUUCGAGAGGAUGCUUAUGUUGAAUUUGUACACAACGUGGGUAUGGUCAAGGUUGUCACGCAGGACAUUCAUGAGAAGGGUGCCGAAGCGCCUGAUCUAAUCAAUCUCCUGCAGUCUUACGAUACUAAUGAGAUUCAUCAGAGGAGACUGAGGAAGUUAGUUCAGACGUACGGUAAAAAAGGCUGGUUGAAGAAUUAAUGUCACAGAUGGUGUCGAGCCAUUGCUGCUGAUUAUUAAUUUGUGCUCCCAUUUGUCAGGUGUUAUUGUUGGAAGAAAACCCGAAUGUGGCUUGGCUUAUGCUAAAUCGAUCAUGAAGACUUGUGCGAUCAUGACAUUAUUGUCAAGAUUUAAGUUAUGGAAAAAUAAGAUAUUUUGUUGUAGUAGUGAAGGAAUGCCAGAGCACGUGAAGCUUUCAGUCUAAUGAAAUGACUCACUGUGGUCAUUACGGUAUUAAUUAACGUUAUUGAAUUAUGACAGAAAUUCCACGAUUCGUGAAUUUCCGAGAAACAAUGCUUUGAAUGCCGAAAAAAAUUGAUAAAGAUAUGAAUUAGAUUUUACAUGUAAAAAAUAUAUGUCCAAGAAAUAUUUUUGUCCGUGUGGAUACUAAUAAAAAAUGCAGUAAUCCCAGCA